AGGUUUAUGUUUUUUGUUUUUUUUUCAGUUUGAUUUUUUUCAAUUUAAAGUGUCAGGUUGAAUGUGAAAUGAAAACGGGUAUAUUGUUGCAUCGGUGUUGUCUUUGCCGCGGCUUUAGGUGGACUGGGCCAGGCUUAAUAAUUUAGUAUUAAUAGCUUUAAAUGUUGCAGUACUCAUCAGUGUUAAUAGUUAUUUAUUUUAUAUAUGAAAUGAAAAGUAAGGCCAAAUAAAAAAAUAGGUCUGUUUCAGGUUACCCGACCGACCCUAUUUUUUUCCCGCCGGCCCUAACCUAUUUUUCCCUGAAAAAAAUGUGAUUUGGGUACGAAAAACAUUUGUUAAGAAAUGUAUACGAAAAGUUGGCUAUAUUAGAGUUGGACUUCUGAUUGAUAAAGAUCAAUAAUCUUUGUCUGUGAGACUUAGUAACUGUAAAAGUCAUAAUCGAUGUCCUUUGGAUGUCCGAAAAUUAGGUAGUCAGUAUGCAAAAUAAAUUAUUUUUGAAAUUAAUAAUGGGUGUCCGAAUUUUUAGAGUGUCCAAACUCUAAGGUGAAAUACGGGAAGUUUGUGCUUGUGUGACAGGUAUAUUUCAAUUCUUGAACUUUAUUUUCUUGUCAGAUACAAAUGUGUCAGAUACUGACUUUCGGAUUGAUAUGUCAGACUUAAGUGUGCAAUUUUGGCAAUAAAACCUGCAUGCUACUUGUUCUUCAAACCUGAACCACCAGGUCCUCUUGACAGCAUUGAGGUUUCCUUGGCUGAUGGCUUGUAUGGUAAAUUUGCUGUCCCACUCUCCAUUUAAUUAUGUAACAGGCAGGUUAGCAUACUACAGCGGGUGAUUGAAAGCAAAAGGGUGCAUAAAGAAAAGUAAAACCGUUCCUGGAAAGUCUUUAAUAAUAAAAGAGUGGUGUACCAUAUCUUAGUUGAAAUCCAACCAUCAUUGUCAAAGUAUUUAACCAGACAAAUAAAGAUUAUUUCCUUUGAAGCAUGGAAUAUGUUUAAAAACUGCUGAUAAACCUGAAAAUUGAUGACUUAUAUUUUUGGUACAGUCUGAGUCAACAGUUACUGAAAUCGAUAUAUCAAAAAAAAUACCUACCUUUUUUUUUUGGCAGCGUUACCUGAAACGCACCUUUUCUUAUUUGGCUUAACCUGAGCGGAAAAAUAGUCCACUUAAAUGGCUAGUCCACCUAAAAGGCAGUCAACUAGUCUUUUGAUGAUUUUUUUUAACCAUCGCAGACUCGAGACGUCCACCAUACCAGCAAAAAGUAGCGAACGGUCCUUGCCCAAAGAAUCCUCGCGGCAACAAUUUUAAAGUUAUCUCCGUUAUAAAUUCAAAUUUCUACAAAAACAUUAUUGCCUACUAUUAAACACAUAUUUAUUUAUUCAUGUCGUUAUGCCAAAAAACAUGUUCAGAUAUCACAAAACACUUACAUGUGUUGAUUGUUUAUCAUGUAUCCCGAUAUCUAAAAAUCUCAAGACAAAUCUGACAGGUUGUGUACAUGUAUAUUCGGGACCCAGAAUAUAUUUAUGUGAAAUAACGUCUAAUGACAAAUUCAAUCCAGUUUAGAUCACUGUCGGGUAUACAUUAAACAAUGUUGUCAUUAUUAUACAACAUCGAUGCAUAAUAUUACUAUAUGUAUAUUCUUUAUCCCGGUGUUAAAUGGUAGAGAGUUGUAGCGUUACAGGGAUACAUAAGAAAUGUCAAAAUAGUAAAAAAGUAUCCCUGAUCGCAAAUUAUUGUAGCUACUAAAGGGCCCACAAUGAGUCUUCCCACGAUUUUUUUUACUAUGGCAGACUAGAGACAGGGAUACAUAAGGAAUGUCAAAGUAAUAAAAGAGUAUCCUUGAUGGCUCAUUAUUGUAGAUAGAGUGGAAAAGUGUGCCCAGUGUGGCGCUCAAACCCACGAUAGCCUACUCCCCCAUUAAUCUUUUUAGACCGAUACAGGCACUUUUAUUGAAUGUAUUCACUUUGCCUUUUACUUUUGACACUAGUAAAGUUAGCUUGAGAGGAAAGGUGUGCUUGGUGUUGUGAUCGAACCUAUGACCCCUAGAACACUAUCAUAGCAUUCUAACCAAAUUAGCUACAAGUGAACAUUUAUUAUAGUCACUACAAUUAUGACAUGCUCACACAUAGUUACAUGUAGAUUUGUUUAUGGCCUUCUGUCAGUCCUAUAAACAUUUACACUUCAUUAUAAAGUGAUGUCCAUUAUUAAUCUGUUAUUUUGAUGAAUUUGACAUGUACGUUGAGUGAAAUUUUGUACAUUUUUGACAUCAAAAAGUGUCCAAAUUUUUCAUUGGUAUAAAAGAAAAUACAGAUAUUAUUAGGAGAGAAGUGCUAGCAUAUUAUGGUAUUGAAUUGAUUCUGAAUAUGACAGUGAUUAGGUUCAUAAGUUGGCCCUCACUGUCAUACUCAGAUUCAGUAUCAUAUUCAAGUACAGAACAUUUUUGUUAUGGUUCACUGUUACAGACUUAAUCAGUAUAUUUACAUGAUUUACAUGAUGAAUGUGCUUCUGAAUGAAAAUAAAUAUGAAAACAUGCACUAGAAGACUGGAAGUUUUUGUUUGAAAAAGGUUUAAAUACAUUUUUGGUCAGGGAGCAGGGGAGGUCCCCAGACCCCCUGCCUACUUAAGGGCUAUGCCCUGCUAUUUAAAUUUAUUUCUACACACCUGAUGUUGUAUGUAAGUAUAUUUAUAAUGAUUCAUGUAUGCACUAUUUCGAAUGACAUGUUUGUGUUAUUUAUGAAUGUUCUGAUUCUAUAUGAAUUAUUCUUAAGAGUGAUUUUAGUUAAUUCAUUUAUAUUUCUCUUUUUCCAAAUAAUAACCAGCCUUGGAGUAUUGCGCACAUGAAUUGUACAGCAUUGAAGUAAUAUUCGUGAAGAAGAUGAACAUGAAUAUGUAGCUACAUGUACAUGCAAUGGGGGCCCAGCAGGCCAUCCUUAUUGGGGGCAAUUAUAAGCUUAUGGGAUUGAAGAAGACUAUGGCACAGAGGUCUAUCCACUGGUUCCGGAAAGGUCUCCGUCUCCAUGACAACCCUGCAUUGAUGGCGGCAUGUGACGGGGUGACUCACAUGCGUGCUGUGUUUGUGCUUGAUCCCUGGUUCGCCACCCAGGCAAACGUGGGAGUCAACCGCUGGCGCUUCCUCCUCCAGGCACUUAAGGAUCUUGACAACAGCCUCCAGAAAUACAACUCAAGGCUGUUUGUGGUUCGCGGGAAACCAGCAGAUGUGUUCCCAAAGCUGUUCAAGGACUGGGGCAUCACCCUGCUCACGUACGAGGUGGACACAGAGCCGUACGCUGUCUCGAGGGAUGAGGAGAUAGACAGGCUGGCUCAGGGGGCUGGAGUGAAGGUCACAAGAUGUGUCUCCCAUACACUGUAUGAUACACAAAUGACCAUAGCGAAGAAUGGCGGGAGUCCCCCUCUCACAUACCAGCGGUUACAGACUGUACUCUCCCAGUUGGGUCCCCCACCUAAGCCAGUAGAGAUCAAAGAGAAACUUCUCAAAGCCUGCAGCCCAGUGUUAGAGGAGGAGCAUGACAAGCAAUAUGGAGUGCCCAGCCUGGCUGACCUGGGAAAGGACCCUGCAGACUGUGGGCCCUGCCUCUUCCCUGGGGGAGAAUCCCAUGCUCUCGCCAGGAUGGACACCAUGCUUAAAAAGACUAACUGGGUGUGCAGUUUUGAGAAGCCCAAGACAGAGCCCAACAGUUUGGAGCCCAGUACGACUGUCCUCAGUCCAUACCUCAAGUUUGGCUGCCUCUCACCCAGGAUCUUCUACUACGGACUGGUUGAUGCCUACAAGGGGAAGAAGCACAGCAUGCCGCCCGUGUCACUACAUGGCCAGCUGUUAUGGCGGGAGUUCUUCACGACAGUUGGCGCCGGCACACCAAACUUUGACCAGAUGGAGGGGAACCAAGUUUGCACACAGGUGGAUUGGGAAGAGAACACAGAGUGGCUUGAGGCAUGGAAAAUGGGCCGGACUGGUUACCCAUUCAUUGAUGCCAUGAUGACACAGCUACGGCUGGAGGGGUGGAUCCACCACCUGGGUCGACAUGCGGUUGCCUGCUUCCUCACACGUGGGGACCUCUGGGUCUCCUGGGAGCAUGGCCAGCGAGUGUUUGAAGAGUAUCUAAUUGACGCAGACUGGAGCCUGAAUGCAGGCAACUGGCUCUGGUUGUCGGCCAGCGCGUUCUUCCACCAGUACUUCCGAGUCUACAGCCCUGUCGUGUUUGGCAAGAAGACAGACAAGAAUGGAGACUUUAUCAGGAAGUACAUACCUAAACUGAGCAAGUUUCCUGAGAAGUAUAUCUACGAGCCGUGGACUGCGCCCCGCGCAGUACAGGAAAAGUGUGGCUGCAUCAUUGGCCGCGACUACCCCAAACCCAUUGUGAACCAUGAUGAGGCCAGGAAGAAGAACAUCGCCAGGAUGGCCGCUGCAUAUGCCAGACGGAAUGGGGCAAAGGAGGCAGCUGCAGGAGGCAAAGGAGGCAAUAAGGCGGGAGGUAAACGGAAGGCUGAAGGUGGAGGGAAGAAGUCGAGCAAGAAGGCUAAGGUGGAAAAACACAUUACCGACUUCCUUAUGUAGGGGACAUUUAUGGGGUCCUGUUCUGUGAAGUUCUUCAAGGGAAAUCCUGUGCCAGCUAACACUUUGGCUUGAACACAUUGUGACAAGCCAGCACAAAGUUUGCUGGGAGACGUAGGAACAUGCUGGCUAACACUCGAGUUGUGGUGUACUUUAUGUACAGAUACUGGACUUGUCAUGGAAGGGGAGAUGACCGUGGAAACAAGUGUAUGGAGAGAGAUACAGUGAUGUGAUGAGUUAUAUCACAUGAAACGUAAUUGUGAACUUUGAAACAUUUAACUGUACAUAUUAACUCCUAUUGAAAUGUAAGUUGUGUUUUUGCCAUUAGAAAUAAACAUGAAGAGUAAACCUUGGAGGUACAUGUACAUAUAGGUCAUAUUUCGUCUAAGGCAUUUAAAUGUGUAUUUAAAAAAUACGGACACCACUGACAUACUGCUGUAUAUUACAGAUAUUUACCGUCAUCACUUUGACAAACUGUUAACACGUUCAAUAAUAAAAAUGCGUAGGAUCACAUUUGACAAACACUUAUACAAUUACCUUAAUUUUGAAAUUAAUGUUUUGUCUUGGUUAUAGUGUAGUUGAGAAAAUGAAAGUAUGAUUGAAUAAAGCAACA